AUGCAUCGAAUUGCAUAUGCCAGAAAUUUGUACCAAAGUACUUUACAUGGAGUUUCGCUGCCUUCUAAUAAUACAUUAAAAAGUACGUCAAAUACGGAAAUAAAAUGUUCAUUUUGCCGAAGGAUUUUAUUAGGCCGUGUGGGUGCAGAAAACUUAUAUACUGUGAGACACCAAUCUACGAAAACUGCUAAUCUACUCAGUUCACUAAGAAAAAAGGCUAAACGAAAGAACUAUCACAAAUAUGCGGAAUUACUUGAAGUUGGUGACCAGGCUAUGACUGAAACUAAAGUUUCAAUAAGCAAGUUACGAGCUGUACAUCUGUCUAAGUUAGCAUCUAGUCCAGUGUCACUUGGUCAAUUACAUCAACUCACCACAAAAACUCCAAAGAACUUGAAAGUGGCUGAAGUAGACCCUGAACUGCUUCAAACAGUGAGGGACAAAAUUCUAAAGAAAACACCUACGAAGGUGUCAUCAAAAACUGGUUCUGGGAAGGCAGCCUCCUCGGACAUUAUGUUAGAAGAUGAUAAAUGUGCACUUGUUUACACUGCACAUCCAUUAUCUAAUUUUGAGGACAAAUUCAAGACGAAACAAUACAUAGAUAUGGUAAAAGAAAGUUACUAUGAUUUUAGAAAAGCUACCCUUUAUGAUCAGAAGUUGCAAGACCUUAGGUAUGCAAUUAGUGAAGGAUUGACUCAAGAGUUUGAUCUGAAUGCUACAAUAUCUAGUAAAAAUGACCUCAAGUUGGAUGAACACUUGGAUCACUUACCAAAGGGUCCUCAUGCUGUGUUUAGAGAACUUUUUGUAGAUAACCAUUUAGAUAGCUAUGAUCAAGAACUAGUGAGCCACAUUACAAAUAUGCAAGCACAAGGCCUAGCACACCCAGCGAUAGAGGACAUCUAUGAUGAUCCAGCUUUACACAAUGAAAUAGUAGACACCCCGGAAUACCUUGAUAUGGAACCUAGUCAUGAACCUACUCCUUCUAAAACAUUGAAAAUUAAACAGGCAAAAAAAGAGAUGAGGGACAAAAUUAAAGCAAAACGUGACAAGAGAAGAGCCAAACAAGAGCUGAGUAUGAAGCAUGAUAUCAAAGACGUAGAGCGGCAAGGCAAGCAAGAAUCCUUGCAUCGAGUGCUCACGGCACAUCUGCAACUACUCUGCUCACUGAACAUGAUACAAGAGGCCCACCAAGUGCUACAGUAUUACCGACAGAGAGGCACGAGAGUCGCCAGCCAUCCCAAAAUUAACGACGUCAAAGUCUACAACACAUUGCUACAUGGAUAUGCGUACACUGGUAUGCUAGAUAACGCCAAGCAACUGCUCUCGCACAUGUCUGAAGAUGGAGUGAAACCUAACCCUCAGACGUUUGCGGCGAUGUUCGAAUGUGUGGAGCGAAGUGAGGAACAAAACAAAGUCGAACUGCUGCAACAUUAUAAACAGAUGAUGGAACAAAAGGACAUAUCACUAAACGACUUGUUAGACAAAACAAAAUUCCUGUACGACCAACGGGAAGUAGUAUUAAAGGCCAUACACAGGAUAGAACCGGACUUCCAACCUCAAUACACAACUCCAGUACUAGACUACAACUGCUCCUUACUUAAUAAUAUUACAUUAGACAAAGUGGAGAACAGACAAGGCCUGAUGUCGUCACCCGCUGAAGGUCUACUGUCCUUAGAAGAAAUGAUUCAGAAAGGCAAGGAACAAUUGAAUAUUGAAAUUAAAGGAGAAAUCGAAAUACAGAACAUUGGUGUUAAAGAUGAAGAGUCGGAGUCUGUGAAGUUUUGUAGACAAAAACUGGCAGAGACAGAGAAGGAAUGGCGCAGCGUGAUCAAGGAGUCGUUCAUACGCAACCUCGGCACGCUCAAGUCACAGAGCAGUGCCUCGCAUACUGCUAUCACACUGUAUCCGUAUCUUAAGGUUUUAGAGGUAGAUCAAUUUGUAGAUCUAAUAAUGGGAGAACUGUCCAAGCUGGUGGAUGGUAGUGAAACAUACAGUCCUACACUGAAACUCUUGCAGAGAGAUCUAGGAGCACAAGUCUAUCAGAAGUAUCAAAUUGAGCAAUAUCGUCGUAACGGUAUCCUGCAGAAGAUAGAGCGUGUUUACGCGAAGUAUUGUGAGUGGUACGUGAACCGACACUCAGUGGACGGGACGGGCGCGCCGUACAAUGGACGCCAGGCGUGGCAGGCACUCGUACAUAUGAAUAGAGAAGGGGCUAGCUUGGAUAUCGAAGAGACGCAAUGGCCAAUGGAAAUGAAACAAAACGUUGGCAAGUUCCUGUAUAAUAUCAUCAUCAACGAUGUCAAAAUUGACGUCAACAUGUUCAAGAGUAAAGCUGCUAAAGAGAAGAAGCUCCCGGCCGUGUACAAGGUGCACCGUCCGUGGGCGCGCGUGGUGCGGCUGGAGCUGAAGCCGCACCCCGUGCUGGCGCGCGUGUGGGCCGGCGCCGCGCCGCCCGGUCUGCGCAUGCGCGCCGCGCUCACGCCCACCGCCGCGCCGCCCGCGCCCUGGGCCUCGCCCGCCAAGGGGGCUUAUCUUGUUACUCCCACACCCUUCGUCAGAAUGCCAUUCUACGUGAUGAGUCAAUGGAAGCGUCUUGAGUCUGCGCCACCAGAGAGCUUGUAUCCAGUCCUGGACAGUCUCAACCAACUGGGCGAGGUGCCCUGGGUCAUCAACAAGCGUAUACUGGACUUGCAGAUAAAGAUAUUCAGGGAAGGUGGAAACAAGAAGCUAGACAUAGCUCCUCCAUCAUCAAAAUUAGAUACGUCUCAGUUCCAAAGUGGUUCGGACGCAGCGGCCGCGUUUAAACGUCGCGUCGCCAUCAACAGAGCGCGCGCUGAGAUGCAUUCUUUGUGGUGUGAUGCGCUGUAUAAACUAUCGCUUGCUAACCACUAUAGGGACUCGAUAUUCUGGCUGCCGCACAACCUGGACUUCCGCGGGCGCGUGUACGCGUGCGGGCCGCACGUGUCCGCGCUGGGCGCCGACACUGCGCGCGCGCUGCUCGCCUUCGCGCGGCCGCGCCCGCUCGGCCCGCGCGGACUGCGCUGGCUCAAGCUGCACGCCGUCAACCUCACCGGCACUAUGAAGAAGAGCACUGUCGAUGAGAGAUUAGCAUACGCAGACAGUAUAAUGGACAAGAUCCUGGACUCAGCAGACCGUCCGCUGGAGGGCCAGCGGUGGUGGGCGGAGUCCGAGGAGCCCUGGCAGACGCUCGCUUGUUGUAUGGAGAUAGCUAACGCUGUACGAUCGCCUAAUCAUGAAGAGUACCUGUGCGGGUUCCCGGUGCACCAGGACGGGUCCUGCAACGGGCUGCAGCACUACGCGGCGCUGGGCGGGGACGCGGCCGGCGCGCGCGCCGUCAACCUCGCGCCGCUCGCCAGGCCGCAGGACGUCUACAGCGCUGUCGCUGCUUUGGUAGAAGAAAUGAGAGCUCGUGACGCAGCUGCCGGAGUGCCAGCAGCCAUUAUCCUGGAGAACUUUGUACGAAGGAAGGUCAUUAAGCAAACUGUCAUGACCACAGUCUAUGGAGUCACCAAGUUCGGAGCUAGACUGCAGAUCGCUAAGCAACUGAAAGACAUAGAGGAGUUCCCGAAGGAGCAUGUAUGGGCGUGCUCUCAGUACCUGACGACGAAAACCUUCGACAGUCUACGCGAGAUGUUCACAUCCACCAAACUCAUACAGGACUGGUUCACUGACUGCGCCAAGCUAAUAUCAGCAGUAUGCGGCGAGAGUGUAGAAUGGGUGACUCCACUGGGCUUACCCGUAGUGCAACCGUACUACAGGAGAGCCGGACCCUCCGUCGGACAGUACCGACCGGCAUUAGACCAGCAUCAACGUCCGUGUACAAUGAAGCAGCGCAACGCGUUCCCGCCGAACUUCAUCCACUCGCUGGACUCGUCGCACAUGAUGCUGACCGGCCUGCACUGCGAGGCGGCCGCCGUCACCUUCGUCUCUGUACACGACUGCUUUUGGACGCAUCCAAAUACCGUCGAUAUCAUGAAUAAGAUUUGCCGUGAGCAGUUCGUAGCUCUGCACUCGCAGCCGAUCUUAGAAGACUUAUCAGAAUUCCUCACAAAACGAUAUAGCUAUGAUGAGAGUGAACUGGAAGACAGAAGCGUGGGCGCAGCGAAUAAGAAACGCGUGAACAACCUUCUACAACAAGUGCCCAGUAAAGGAAAUUUCGACCUCAAAAGCGUACUAAGGUCUGUCUACUUCUUCAGUUAA